ACAACAACAAAAACACCCUCUCUCUCUCCCUCUCUAAACUCACCACCCUCCCUCAUCAUCAGCACCCUCCCCCACUUCCCUCAUAUAAAAACAAAAGGUGGUAGAUGCAUGAGCCAAGCCUUUCGUCUUUCUCUAUCUACAAAGGAGCGUUCACCACCUUCCCUGUCCUAAAUCCUGACCCGUAUUUGUCUUAUUUUACCAGAUUUCACUUGUACAAUCUAUCUAACUGAGUGUCCUUUGUGUUCAAGGUCCUUCAACUACCACCUCCUCGCCGUCCGAGUCUUUACUCCUCUCCUGGGUCGUUGGCCAUUAAAUUUAGUUGUCCGGGAAUUCGACCUGUAAUGGAGUACUUAAGGAAGAGUAAGGUGGUAAAUGUUGCAAUUUGUCGACUAAACCAUUGUGCGUCAAGAGGAGGAUAGGUUUCCACCAUGGUGAGCUUACGAAGGCGUAGACUCUUGGGACUCUGCUCGGGGAGAAAUUCUUUCCUGUCACCUUUAACUAGGUUUUUUGGUAAUGGAAGUUAUACUGAAAGUCCUAUCCAGCAUUCGAGAUCCAUUAGUGUGCAUCCUCUGCCAUUUGGUGAUGUCACCCAGCCACGGGGGAAAACUAGUCUCAGCUUAGGACCUGGAUCAUCAGAUACACUUGGUUCUACCUCACCAAAAGAACUCCACAAUGAACAAUAUUCAGAGCAACCAAUCAAACGCAGGAAGCGACACCGGAGGAAGCAUGUGCAAAACCAAGAACCAUGUGUAAUGAGAGGCGUGUAUUUCAAGAAUAUGAAGUGGCAGGCAGCUAUAAAAGUUGAUAAGAAACAAAUCCACUUGGGGACUGUAGGUUCGCAAGAAGAGGCUGCCCAUCUGUAUGACAGAGCUGCUUUCAUGUGUGGGAGGGAACCCAACUUUGAGCUGUCAGAAGAGGAUAAACAAGAACUUAGGAAGUUUGAUUGGGAUGAAUUCUUGGCAUACACUCGCCGUUCCAUUAAUAAUAAAAAGCACAAAAGAAGGCUACUAGGAGCAGGGAUGGAGAAAAAGAGCGAGCCAAGCGAGGUUUCAAUGCAGAGCAGUGACUGGGAUAGCAAACAAGGCGUCAAUGGCUUCUCUGCAUCGGAAGAUGCAGAUCCAGACUCAUCAGUCUCUUAAAAGUUCUGUUGUGCAAAUCAUGGUCUGUUCUACUGGUUCAGCUCUAUGUGGCCUCGUCCCAGUUUUUGGUGCACAACGGCCACAGUAUGAAGCAAAUGAUGGAACAUUUAGUUAUCGCUAGCAAGUCCAUAUCGAAUAAGCGAUUCAAAUUUAUAUGCAUCAUAACCAAUACAAUUUCUGCAUCAUAACCAAUACAAUUUCAUUCUUGGGACGGAUUAAAGGAUGCAAAGCUUUUGUGCAUCUAAUCUCCUGGGCCACAAACUGCUUUGGAAACUUUGUUCCCAGGUUACUAUGAAGAGAAGUAUGAGUGGUUAUUUA